CCCAGGAACUGGCUGCUGCUGUCGGACGUGCUGAAGAGGCUCAAGAUGUCGGCCCGGGCGUUCCGCGCCACCUUCACGCACAUCGAGGUGGCCACCAUCGCCGAGGCCGAGUUCUACAAGCAGGCGUCGCUCAGCCAGCUGUUCUGCUGCCCCGAGGAGCUGGACGCCUUCCUGCCCGACAGCAAGGAGCUGCUGGACCUGGUGGAGAUCAGCGGCGAGCUGGUGGCCCUGCUGGGCUCCUCGCUGGAGUGUGUGGACGACUGCUGGGAGCCCCUGCUGAAGGCUCGCUCCUGACUAGGAGGCCUCGCACGCUAGCACGCUAGCCCACAGGCGCUAGCCCACAGCCUGUACAUAGUGCACAUACCAGAGCUGGAUCUGUGGGGUUUGGACCACCAUCUUGUCCUCGCAAAAACAAAAUGGAGGACGCAAAGUGGACAGCACCACACAGAUGGACUCUAUAAUUUAAGCAGUUAUGUUUUUAUAAUAUGGAAUCUAUAUAUACAGUCAUUGUUGUCCUUUAAUUUGUGAUUAUAAUAAUUAUAUAUAUAUAUAUAUAAAUAUAUGAAUAUAUACAAAAAUCUAUAUAUGUACAGUGUGCUGCCUUCUUUGGUCUGCUUGGGUUUAGUUUUAAUGUUGAGUUUUGGAGCUCUCGCAGAUGUCCGUUAAAGCGUCCAGCUCGUAGGGGCAGUGGGACGAGCUCCAUUUCUGAGGUCAAAGUGCGUUUUCGUCGGUCAGUGUUCUGAAUACGUGGUUGCUAUUGACGACGUGCACUUGCUGGUUACCGGAGACGGCUCCGUAGAGGCCGCAUUUUAAUCUGCUCUCUGAUUGUGUUGUUUUUCAUAUUAACCCUAACAAAUACGAUUUUGUAUCCGUGCUCAAGCUUGGCUUUUGUCCUGGACAUUUAUUUAUGGUUAGGGAUUUAAAAUAUUUGGAUUUUUUUCUGUAAAAUGUUAAAGUUAUUGUAAAAUACUAAUGCGUUUGUUUAGGCCAGAAACAUGUUGAACUUGUAAAUAAUUGGUUGAGAAUUUCAGUCACUUGUUUCUGACUCGUGUGCUCAUCGUUUUUGGAGACGUGUUUAAACUUUGUAAGUAAAUACCCUAUCAUUUGUAUUUAUAUUUUACAAAAAAAAGUUCCUUUAAAUAAAUGACAACAAUUAGAAUCUCGAA